UGAAUAUCGGAACGCAGCCAUCAUUUCAUGUUGGUGAGAGCUACUUUGUGUCUACGUUCAAGCGUUAUUUGACAACGCAUGAUAUUUUUAUUAGUAGUGAUACAUUUCUUUAUUUGGUCUUUUUCUUGGUCUUUUCCUCGGACUGAUACAAAUAUGGCGGAUAGAUCUGGGUGUUCGCGGAAUGGUGAAAACUGGGUAAGAUGGCGACGAGUGACAAGAUGUCAAAAUACAUAAAAUGUGAUAAUAUGCUAAAAUUAUGAGUAUAUCUGGUGGUAUUCGAAAAAAGAAGCGAAAAUGGCGAGGAUACAAUGGUCCUUGACGAAGGUGCCGAGAAUUAUAAGAGUUAGUUUGAAGCAGAGGUUAUGGCGGUUCCAAAUCACUCUCAAGUCCCUGUUCUAUAAUGAUUUUUUGAACUGGGGUUACGCUUGUGAUAUAUUGAUGGAACCCAUGUUCUGGUUCGUCGAGAAUUUUACUGCCUGUUUGGGUCCUGCGUUUGUAGGAAUGGUGAUCUUGUUGAUUGCAAGUAUAGUAUACAUUGCAUACUAUGUUGGCCUGCCUUACUGGUGGAAUCGAAGUCCAUUCAUAACAGUGAUUCUACUAAUAGUUGGAAAUUGGUUACUGCUUAAUGUCUGCUUCCACUAUUACAUGGGCUUGAAGAUACCACCGGGCUAUCCACCGCAAGGUGGCCUCAUUCCAGAGGCUGUGAGCAUCUGCAAGAAGUGCAUUAAGCCAAAGCCACCCAGAACUCACCAUUGCUCUGUCUGCAAUAAGUGCGUUCUCAAGAUGGACCACCAUUGCCCAUGGCUAAACAAUUGCGUUGGUCAUUACAACCACCGAUACUUCUUCCAGUUCAUAGCUUUUGCCAUAUUCGGCUUUAUAUUCAUCACGAUUUUCGGUAUAGAGCUUGCUUACGAGGAGUUCUUUCCUGCGCAAGAGCCGGAACUGGAUGGUCAUCCGGUGCGCCUUAAUAAUUCGGAAAUAAUUCCUAUGACAGAGUCGUUGUCUCACUUAACUGAGGAGGAACGGGCAGAAAUAGCAAGACAAGCAGCGGAAAAUGAAGCCAAGGAAUGGCGCCGAAAACUGAUAAUUUUCGCGGCUAUGAUCACUGUUGCUGCGUCAGCCGCAGUGGGUGCGCUGGCUCUGUGCCAUGCGAGACUCAUUACUCGGGGAGAAACGAGCAUCGAAGCACGUAUCAAUACCACAGAAUCGCAAAAAUACAAGGCACAAGGCAAAAUCUAUCAAAAUCCCUAUGACUUCGGACCGAGGGAGAACUGGAAACUGUUUUUGGGAAUAAAGAACAGGAGUUGGUGGUGGGUCCUGUUUCCAUCAACGCAUGGUCCAUACAGCGACGGACUCACGUGGCGAACCAUUCACGAUAGUAAAAUAUCCUGAUUUCUAAGGCCCAGAAGAUCGACGAAGCGAAUGUCAAUCUUUCAUUCUACGACUUACACCUUCUCGUGACCUUUCCGUUCCGAUAUUCUAGUCAACUGCAGACUGUUCAAUUACACUUUCAUGAUCGAUUAAAAUAGCACUAUAUACGAUUAGCCACUCGCAACCACUGAUUAAAAUAGUUCUCUUUACGGGUAACAAUUGUCAGCACAAACGCGUCGACCGUUCUCUGAAAUUGCAAAAUUAUUCUCGUACGAUAUAUGAAUCUUAUGUUACGAAACGGUGAACACAGAAAAGUGAUACUCGUACAUUGUUUUUCAAGCGACGGUCAAUUUGUUUCGGACGUCGUUUGAAUUACUAACUUAUCGAGGAACUGAUUGUGAAGUCUGAUUUAGUCAAGGAAAGAAUAAAAGAUGUUUUUUUUUGUA